AUGAGCAGCGAGUUCAAUAAUCUUCAUGCAGAGCCACUUGCAGCACAAACUGUAGUAGCCUGCCCCCCAAUGGUAUUUUUGAACGCAUCACUCGAUUGUUUUCUGAAAGAAGCUAACUCGAUCGAUCCGAUAUGUGACGAAAUCAAAUUACGUGAGUCUAUUGACUUGCAUUAUUCUUUACCAGAACAGGACCGAAACGAAUCAAGAAGCUUGUGCUUUAAUAACAUUAUCAUACUUGCAACGACCGCCCAGCUGCGAAUUGCCGGCGAAUCAGCCGCCAUUAAUGGAAUGGAAAGGGAGCUUUUGAAAUCCUUUCUGAGCAACACAACUCGAGCAUUUCGAAAUUUGGAUGCCUUUUGCAGUCCUUCGAUUCUCAGUGUGCAAGCUUUGAUUACUUCGGUACGUACCAUUUUCACUCAAGGUAAUGGAUAUUACUAAAAUAAAGGUGGCUAGACCUUUGUUGCCCGGGAGCAUUUUCCUCAGUCCGUUGCUGAUGCAUUAUGCCACCGAGUCUGUAAUGUUGCACGGACGAUGGGCCUUCAACAAUCAUAUGUUCUUGACGGCACUGUAGUUGAACCUGGUGGUGAACGUGAAGCUAUCUAUUGGACGCUCUACAUCAUGGACAAACAUCGAACCUUCUUAACUGGGUAUCCUUGCAAUCUUUCCCUCUUUGAUUCAGAUUUGAAUCUGCUUAAUACCAAUCGUUCAAGUCGUUUAUGGAAACUCAAACUUGCUCAGAUAUACUUGAUGGUAAUCUGGGAGGAGAUCUACAUAACGCUCUAUUCCCAAAAAGCUAUGCGACUUCCCGCUCAUCAAAACCUGCACAAAAUGACCGGUACCCUGUUUGGACUACUCCGGAACUGGACUUCUCACUAUGGCCAAAUUCUUGGCCAAUCACUAGCUACAGACCCUUCGCCUGCGUCGUACUUGCAAAUCGAACUUAAAUAUUCUUUCCACAUAGCUCAAGUGCUUAUCUUAAGACACAGCAGCAUCCCCUCUAGUGUUCAGCUGUGUAUCGAUAACGCCCGAGCAGUAGUAAUGGUUAUUCUUGGUCUAUUCCGAUCGGCGUUUAUGAUUGGCUCAAUGAGUCUAGCUGCACGGUAUGUAAUUUUCAACGAGAGUAAAAUGUGGCUUAAGGACGUUUCUUUUCUGGUAACACCCUUGUACUUAAAUCGUUGUGGGGUUUUGAUAGUAUUAAAUUGCUCUCAGUUGCUACAGUGAUUUGCUUUCACAAAGUACAUGGUGUAAUCCAAUCCUCAGAAUCCCACAUAAAGAUGGUCAUCGACAACAAGCACGUCGGGAUAGAAAACUUCACUAAUAACUUCAAUAGUCUAUUUCGAAAUUACCCCGUAGUAGCAUUUAUCAAGCUGUACAGCUCGUCAUUUGGUGCAACAACACCUCAGCUCGCUUCCAGCCUUCAGCUACUUUUGAAAUGCUCCAGUGUCUUGGCCUCGGUAAAGACGACCUAUCAAUCGCCAAUAGCUUACUAUAACCGUCUUUAUCUUGGACUGGCUUGGUAUACGGAUAACUUGACCAUAAUCUUGAAUGCGGCCGAGCCCAAGGAGCCAAGUCUUGCCCAAGCGGCGCUGCAGCAUCCACUUCUUUUUUGA